AUGGAAUUGCUCGUCCACGAAGAAACGGAGCGCGCGUUCUGGAUCAAUCUUGAAACUAUACAGCUGAUAGAUUUGUUUAUUACGGUUAAAAGUUGCAAGUGGGGUACAGUAUUUGUAAAAUAUUUUGCUCGAAAAACUAACUGGUCAAAACAACUUCAAAUACAGUCUAAUCCUGAACUUGUCUUUAUGGACUUGGCUCGUCUGGGUGUCUUUUGCCCCAAACACAAACUUAAACGCGUAAUUUUGUUGUAUGAGCAUGGAUAUUCUAUAAAAUACAAGGACUCAAGAGCACGCCAGGAAGAUUCUGCUUUACCAUUUAGGAUUAUCAAUCUAAAGCGUCGCAAGCAAAAAAUCGCCCUUGGCCUCUUUGUUAUGGUGCUUCUCUUUCCUUUCACACAGAAAUUUAAAAAAAGCAUCAUAGAAACUCUGAGUCUGGCUAGAUCAACAUGUGAUUUGUCUCUCCUAUCGGUGCAACCUUCUUCAGCUCAACGCGUAUCGACUUUGGGGGUAUUUAUCUCGCCUCCUAAACACCCUGUUGUAUCUAAGAGCAAGAAAAAGAAUAGCCGGCUGACCAAAUUGGUAAACAACCGGAAUACAAACAAGUUCAUUGAUAGCCGUCCUAUCAUUCUUCCCUGUGCAUGAUCGAGCCCCCAACUGCUGAAGAAAGGAUGACCAAGAAAACUAAAUUGGGCAAGCAGUAGGCUCUGUAGUUGGGAAGUAAAAUAACUAGAAUACAAAUAUCAAAGUCUGAUUGCAAAGAAAUAAAAAGUUUUGAUACAUGAAUAAAACUAAAAUGGCUAUAAGCGUGUGUUCAAAAGAGCAUCACAUUAAUAUUCA